GUGUGAAAUGUGUCUUAACUCAUCGCAUGUGUGAAUAUUCUUUGAAUAUACUUUUUAUGUACGCUUAAACGUUUUACAACAUUUCUUACGUGGACAGAAACAAACUAAACUACUUCUUGCGUUGUCAUUUGAAUCAGCUAACUAUAAAACUUCGUCAAUGAAAUGUCUAUCAAGGAAAACGUUUUCCCGAGUGACUUUGCGUGGGGAGCAGCGACAGCAGCUUAUCAAAUAGAGGGGGCCUGGAAUGCAGACGGCAAGGGUCCAAGCAUUUGGGACACUUUCUGUCAUGGAAAAGGCCGGGUGUACGAGAAUCAAAACGGAGAUGUAGCCUGUAACAGCUACGAGCUGUGGGAGGAAGACCUGCGCUGCAUAAAGCAAUUAGGACUGACACACUACCGUUUCUCACUGUCCUGGUCUCGCCUGCUACCUGAUGGAACAACGGGACACAUUAACCAGAAAGGGGUUAGUUACUAUAACAGAGUGAUAAACGAUUUGCUAGCCAGCAAUGUCACGCCCAUGGUUACGCUGUAUCACUUUGACCUGCCUCAAGCACUGCAGGAUCAGGGCGGGUGGACAUCCGCGCACAUCGCGGACGCCUUCAACAGCUACGCCGUGUUCUGCUUCGGGACCUUUGGGGACAGAGUGAAACUGUGGCUCACCCUGAACGAGCCUGCUGUCUGCGCCAAGCUGGGCCACGAGGACGGCCUCCACGCCCCGGGGCUCAGGGACCCGGGAGCGGCCGCCUAUCUGGUGGGUCACAACAUGCUGCGGGCGCACGCCAAGGCCUGGCACAGCUACCACGCCCUCUUCAGGCCGGAGCAGAGGGGAUUAGUGUCGCUGGCGCUCAGCAGCGACUGGGCGGAGCCGCUGGACCCGGGCAGCCCCCAGGACGCGGCUGCCAAGGAGAGAUACAUGGCGUUCACGUUCGGCUGGUUCGCCAGCCCCGUUUUCAUGACUGGAGACUAUCCAGCCGUGAUGAGGUCCCGGAUAGACGCCAGGAGCCGAGCGCAGGGCUUUCUGUCCUCCCGGCUGCCAGGAUUCUCCGAAGGAGAGCCCAGCGUUCUGGGCACCGCCGACUUUUUCGCUCUGAACUAUUACACGUCCCGCAGAGUGAGGCCCGCAAGCCCUCCCUCGGGGACACCGAGUUUAAAGAGCGACCAGGGCGCUGAGGGAGUACUGGACCCGUCCUGGCCCAUGUGUGGGGUCUCUUGGCUGGCUGUGGUUCCAGACGGCUUGCGCAAGUUGCUGAAGCACAUUAAGGACACGUGCAACAACCCUGCUGUGUACAUUACAGAGAAUGGCUUCUCACAGGUGGGACCUGUUGACCUGGAAGACUCCCAACGCUGUGGAUUCUACCGGGACACCCUCCUGGAGGUCUCUAAAGCAAUCCAUGAAGAUGGAGUUGAUGUCAGAGGCUACUUCGCCUGGUCCCUCCUGGAUAAUUUCGAAUGGUCUGACGGGUUCAGCGUUCGAUUCGGCCUGUUUCACGUGGACUUUGAACAUCCGAAGCUGACACGCACCAUGUACUGCUCAGGAGGAGAGUAUGCCAAAAUCAUCGCAAGAAAUGGUUUCCCUUCCAGCACACAAAGCUGA